AUGGCCAAACAUGUCAACAAAAAACAAAAGACAAAGUAUGAUAGCUAUGAGAUGGCUCUCCUAUCAAGACAGCAACCAUUGGCAGAAUUAAGCCCCAACCCAUGUAACCACGCACCGUCCAUCAAGGCAUACAACAACCCGAUAUGGGAGAACGCUCGCAUGGACUUCACAAACCGCCAUCCGGUCCCGGGGCCAACAUACGGCUCAGGAAACUACGGAUGUCCAGAAUACUACCAUUCACUUCCGAUAUCACGCGACCCGCGCUCGCGUCCGUUCUUCGCAUUCGCUAACAGCAAACCGACGCCGCCCCCACACAGCUUCAGCCCCAAAAGUUCCACUGCCAGCGUUGAGGGGUACACAGAGACGAUGCGGAGUGAACGAGAGCAGAAUUUACAGGCGUUUGUGGAUACACACACGGCUUCCAUUUACUGUAGUUCGAUGAUCACCGAGGACGCAUGGUCUUUCAACGACGAUGACGGUGAAGGCGAUGACAACAGUGAGAACAACGAGGAUCACGAUAACAACCAUGGCAGUGCCACAAACGGUGACAAUCAUGGCGAUACCGAAGAUCACGGCAACGAUAACAAUAGCGGCAAGGAUAGUCCGCAAGGCUCGACCGUCGUAGCUCACAACAACAAGAUCCCCGAGAAAAAGCAACAACCCUUUCCCAAGCGCGUGAAGACCCGAUUCACCACAAAAAUAAACGCCCUGAAAGCCGAGUUGGAAGACAAAUGGGAACGCGUCCAAUCCCUGUUCAUACCAACAACAGACACCGUGCAAUCCGCCAUGAAAGCCGAGUUCAAGCGCGUCGAAACCGUCCACGCCGCGCGGCGGAAACAGCUCGCUUUCUGGGCCGAGGGGGUGAACUACCGUCUCAAGCUGAGACGACAGACGCUAGCCAUCUACGUUCGCCUCUAUCUGCGUCUCAUCUUCGCUCGCUCGAAACCCGUCUUGCUCAAGGCUUUAGCCGCCUUGGUACUAGUCACGAUGAUUUCGCAGGUGGUGCCGUGGUUAUUCCCGGGCUGGUUCGACGACGAUGACGAAGAUAUGUUUAAUGGCGAGAUCGCGUACUAUCUCGUUGACGAGUUCGGGAGGUGGUCUGUUGCGAGCUAG